CCAGAGCGCGUCAUAUAUAGCGCAGCUUCCUACGGAUUCGAGCACUCGAUAGAACCAGCUGGUAAGCGUUCGGUCGGCAUGGAAUCGCGCAGAGCCUUCGUACUGUCCGGCUUCUCGAAUGACGUCAACGGGAGACAGUUCGUGUUUCAAGACGACGCAACGACUCUACCGGUCUGUGCUCUUUGUGACCAAGUUUCGUCGCAGUGGUACGUCCUCAACUGCUGUCAUCGUUUCUGCCAGAGCUGCUUCAACGAUGUCGUGCAGAAAACUCCGCUGACACUUCGCUGUCCUCUGGACUCAAAAUCGUUUCGUCCUAGGAGGCCGCUGGAACCCAGCGAAGACACCACGGUCCUCGAGCGUAGUGUUUCCUGUUGGAACCAAAGGCACGGCUGCGACUUCAUCGGGACGGUGACCGAGAUGAUUCAUCACUUCGGCAGUUGCCACCACUACGAAGUCACGUGUCGGCUGUGCGGCAGCGCCAUUUUGUGGCGGGGGCUGGCUGCACACGUCAAGUCUGAUCACGGGAGAACAACCAGGGCGUCCAAGGCGAACGAGUUACCCCUUCCCGAUGCGCACGAGGACGUCGUUCCAGCCGAGCCACUGUCACUGGAUAGUCUCUUGGCGUGCUUGGCGGACCUGGCGUCUCGCUGCACGGACAUCAGGUCAACUCAAGACAGCCAUUUCCUGCAGCUAACCAGAAGCGUGGACUCGCUCAAGACUCAGCUGCAAGCUUCGCACGAGUCGCCGCGCACUCGCUUACAGAGAGAAUCCUCCGCAAAUGUGGAAGCAAAACGAAUAUGCUGCGAGCGACCGGAGCACGAAGAUUUGCCCCUUUCCAAGUUCGAGUGGAAGGUGACGCGGUUCUCGGAGAUCCGAGUCGGCAUCCAGUAUUUCCGCAGCGAGAUCUUCGAAGUAGCCCCAGGGUACCAAGUCCAGUUGAAGGGCUACAUCGACGGCAUCACCAGGGUGGAGCUGAAGGUAGCGGCCACGAUUUGGAAGACCGCCCACGCGACUCAAGACUGCGGCGACUGUAGAACUUGGCAGUACACCAGGGCCUGCCUCUUCCAGGUCGUGAACAUUGAGCGUCCGGCCGAUUCUAGCGAGGUGAGAUAUGACCUGGAUGAAGUGUUCAAGACGUCGACCCCGCUCUUGGACACUCCCAAUGGUGUUACGUCGCCGUGGCUUGACAUUAGUUCCAUUGACAGAGCCACUUUUCAGAGGGACUUUGUCUCCGAAGAUGCCUUUGUAAUUAUGUUCAGCAUUGAAGCUAGUGCGAUUUAGUCCGGAGCUGCGUUUUGUAUGUGUGUUAGUUUCUUUUAUUAUUUUAAGAUUAUUUAAGGAAAAUAAAUUUAUGAACG